AUGCUGAUGUAUUAGCAAUAUUACCCCUAAUAACCAUUCUAAUAAUAUCCUUAGCCCUCGCCAUUCUAGCAGCCACCUAUUCUUCCUCAACAGUUUAAAUAGGCAACAUAGUCUCAAAAUCCUGAGAUCCUGAUAGAUCAGAAACAAAAAAAGAUACUUCCACCCUUAAAUCAUGUAUUAGUGAUCGAUGGAGCUUAUCUUUAAAUUGGAAUGAAUUAAGCUAACUAGCAAGGUAACUAAUUCUUCCCAUUAGAGAAAGAUGGAAACUUCUAGGUCUUCAUUCAUUUUUUGGAGAAAAUGGUUGGACAUGAUUUUAACGAGAUUAAAUUUGUGACUGCUGAAGACAAUGAAACUCAUGCAAGGCAUAAAAAGUUCUAUUCAGAACUAGCUAGAUGUAAAAAUGUCAAGAUCGAUUAGAGAGAGUUCAAAUAUAGAAGUCAAACAUGCAAGUGUAAAAGUGAAAUUAAAUGGAAAGUGUAAGCUGAGGUUGAUGUAGCGAUUGCAGUGUACUUAAUAGACUAUGCUCAAAGUAAGAGGAUUGAAACAAUAACUUUGUUUGCUGGUGAUAGAGACUUUAUUGAUGCUAUUACAUACUGCAAGUAAAGGCUUAAAAAACCCAUCAUGAUUUUAGCUUUUGAAGAAAAUCUUGCUUUUAGAAUUAAGCAAAGUGGAGUUUAGAUUAUUAACGUUUCAAACUAUUUGCACAUGCUUAAAAAAUUUCAGAAAAAGCAAGAGAAAGUCCCAAUUGAUAAUAAGUAAAUUGGUAAAAUCAAAGAAUAAGUGCAGUAGUAAUAUCAAAGAAAAGCAAACACAGUAAUGAUUCUUAAACAUAAAUCGUGGGAAUGUACUUUAAAGAUUAUCUAUUUCAAGAGAGUUUAUUGA